UUUUUAUUUUUUCUUGAUUUCUGUGUGAACUCCCCCCAUAAACCUUCAAUGCGGGUGCUCUAACUGCCGAAGCCUUUGUUUCAAAUAUAAAAAGAUUCGAUAUGGUGAAAAAAGUUAUAUGAGUAAAAAUAACUAGUUGAAGCAAUUUGCAUAGAACACUCUCUGUAUAUAAACAUAUAUUAAUCGAGUGAGGGUUGUAAUCAAACCAACAAAACAUAUACUUAAUACUUUUUUCUUAAGAAAGAGAGAAUGUUAACGCACAAAUCUGGGAAGCUUGAGAUACAAUCUCCAGCAGACGAAUUCAUCAAAUAUUUUCUCAGAAAGAAAAGUCAUGUUUCAUUCUUUUAUGCUGCUGGUAAAUGAUAAACUCUUCCAGCUUUCAUUUCAUAUUAUCUUGAUCAUCAAUUAAUUGCUAUAUAUGUUUGACUGUAGAGGACUUGAGGUUCGAAAUUUUGUCGGCGGAUAUUGCGAGCAGAACCGUUACCGUGACCAUACUUGGGACCUUAAUUUCAAAAAGCUACAAAAUGGUCAAAGCAACAUUCACCGUCGCUCCUAGGGAGGAAGACAUUACAAAAAGCUGCCUGGAGUACACCUUCGAGUUCGACGAGAUUAACAAUUACAUCGGAAAAACAGUGAUCGUCGAAUCUCUACUCACGUACAUCUUAAUAAGCGAUGGCAAUAAUAUUAAUGGUGAUAAUUUUAAGUACAACUCCUUCGACGCUGGGUAUCCGGCGGAAGAAUGCUUUAAACGUUACGUCAACGAAUUUAGCGAUGAUGAUGACGUGCGCAUGGAGAACGCGAAUAAGCAGAAAAGGAUAUUUACGGUGAGUUUCAGGAACGCUCCUAACUUGGCGGACGAUAUGUACGAUGAUGAUGAAAGUAUUUUCCAGAUGAUGGAAGUAACCGUCACUAUCACUCCUAAGAAAGGUGAUAACAACCGUAGCUGCGUGAAAUGGACCAUCAAGGUCGAGAAGGUUGAUGAUAACGAGGAAGAAUCAGGCGUCUUUCUCAUAACAGCCGAUCAUAUCCGUGAGACUAUUAUGUUUGCAAUUAAGACUCUUUAAAAAUGUUAUAGAUCGAAAGGUUCAUCUACAUAUAGGACCG